AUGUCUUAUUUCUUACAAAUUUUCCUUCGNAUUGAAUGGUGGGACGUGCCUCUUCUGCAUGCUGGAAAUUAUGGUGAUAUUGACAAUGGAAUCAUAGGCGAAGAUAAACUGAAAAUGGAAAAGUUCACUAUUUAUGUGGAGCAUCCUCGACCAAUUGAACCACCUGCUGAGCCUGCCCCUCCACCACCUCAACCACUCAAACUAACUAAGCAAGAACAGAAGAAACUCCGGACACAAAGACGAAUAGCUAAGGAGAAGGAUCGACAGGAGAUGAUUAGACAGGGUGUCAUAGAACCGCCAAAACCAAAGGUCAAGAUUAGCAAUUUAAUGAAAGUACUUGGCACUGAAGCAACUCAAGAUCCUACUCGGCUUGAAAAAGAAGUCCGUAGUGCAGCUGCUGAGCGUGAACAGGCUCACAUAGAUAGAAACAUUGCACGCAAGCUUACUCCUGCUGAGCUGCGGGAGAAAAAGGAAAGGAAGCUGUUUGAUGACCCAAAUACACCGGAGACUCUUGUCUCUCUUUACAAGAUAAAUGAUCUCUCACAUCCGAAGUCCCGCUUUAGAGUUGAUGUUAAUGCUCAAGAGAACCGUUUGACUGGAUGUGCUGUGAUCUGCGAUGGUAUUAGUAUUGUUGUGGUUGAGGGUGGAAGCAAGUCGAUUAAGAGGUAUGGGAAACUUAUGCUCAGGCGUAUUAAUUGGAGUGAAGUUUCAAAAGAGAAAGAAGAAGAUGAAGAUUCAGAUGAUGAUAAGACUGUCAAUAAGUGUGUUCUGGUGUGGCAAGGAAGUGUUGCGAAACCCAGCUUCAAUAAGUUCAGCGUUCAUGAUUGCAUCACUGAAGCAGCCGGCCGUAAAGUUUUUGUGGAUGCUGGUGUUCCUCAUUAUUGGGACCUAGCUGUGAAUUACGUAGACGAUGAAGCUGUUUGACAUGUCUUAAAGUGUUUUUGUUCUUCGUUAUUGGCCUUAAUAAGGCCUUCUGGUGAGUUAUCAGUUUUAUAAUUUGCAUUUAGCAGUGUUUUAAACAAAAUAAUACACACGACAGAUCAAUUGGUGGUGUAACCCUUUUCAUGUUGGUUUGGAUAGGAUCCAGUCAAAUAUGUUAAUGGUUGCCUGCUAACAUUUGCUUAGAUUUGAAGCCUUUGUGAUUUGACUAUGUCUCCAUGUCUCUGAUUUGAUAUACUAAUAUUUUAUUGAUCUCCCUUCCUACA